AUGUCUCAGCGUUAUAAACAACAGGAAGUUGAGGAGCUAAAAGCAGUGGUAAAAAAAGAAAUAUUUGGAGAAUCUGCAUAUGAUGUUUCUCAUCAAUUGAAGUUAAUCAACGUCGUCGAACGUUUAGGAUUGUCCUAUCAUUUUGAAAGUGAAAUAGAAAAUGAGCUAGAACGCAUUUAUAAUAAAAGUAUUGAUCAAAAUUACAUUUUGAAAGAUGAGAAUUUACAUGAUGCUUCCCUUCGGUUUAGACUUCUACGACAACAUGGAUUUAGGGUUUCUUCUGCAGAUAUAUUUGAAAAGUUUAAAGAUGAGGAUGGAAACUUUAAAGAAUGCUUGGUAUCCGAUACCAUUGGUUUGCUUAGCUUAUAUGAGGCCUCACAUUUGAGCUGUGUUGGGGAAAAUAUAUUAGAUAAAGCCCUUGCUUUGACGACCACACAUCUAACUGAGUUCUUGGCAAAUAAAAAUGAACAUGAUGAUCCAUUAUCGAAAGAAAUAUCCCAAGCUUUAGAGAGACCCUUGAGAAAGAGCCUUGAAACGCUGGCUACUAGGCAUUUCAUUUCAAUAUAUGAAAAUGAGACCUCCCAUAACAAAGUAUUGCUACAACUUGCAAAGUUAGAUUUCAAUCUAUUACAAUCAAUGAACAAAAAGGAGCUUAGUGAAAUCUCCAGGUAUAUAAACACACACAAACACACACACAAAUCUAUUCAUGACCAAAUAAGAUUGGCUAAAGCGGAGUUAGAAAAGGUAGAAUUGGAUACCCCAAAUGAUUUUAAACGGGAGCUUCAGGCUAGGAAAAACAUAAAUGAGAAAUGGAACAUCCAAAUGCUAAAGGAAUGGUUCCAACCCCAAGAUGUCCAAAGAAUUAUCAAGAUCAAACUACCAUCAUACAAUGUGGAUGAUUGUUGGAUUUGGAACAAUGACUCUCAGGGGACCUUUACCAUUAGAUCUGCAAUCAACAACAGAUCAAUGAACGAAGAGGAGCAGAAUUCAGACAUAUGGAAAAUUAUCUGGAAAGUCAAAAUCCAUUCCCGUCAUAAGAUCCUAUGGUGGCAAAUCUGCAACGAUGCCUUAUCGACGAAAGACAAACUUUUUCAGAUUACAAUCAGUGAAGAUCCAAACUGCGUGAUAUGUAACACCGAGAGGGGAUCAACUUUCCACCUGUUUUGGCAAUGCCAAAUUGUGUCGAGAUUGUGGUUUGGCACUAUGGGAGGUAUUAAGACAGAUGAAUUUCAUUUCCAAAACUGGGAGGAGUGGUUCCAUUAG